AUGAGCAAGGUGGACGUGUUUCCACUCCGCCUGUCCCAAGAGAGCAAGAUUAAGACCCCAAAGUAUGACCCAACCAAGGCCCCAGCCCGGGCCCAGACCCGCCCCCCAGUUCAGCCCCCUGCGCAUGCUCCUGCGAAGGCCCAGACCUUCUCCUCAGCCCAACCCCCUGCGCACUCGCCCCAGGCCGAGACCUGCUCCCGAGGCCUCGCUCAUGAGCACACUUCCGCCCGGGCCCAGGCCUUCUCCCUAGUCCAGACUUGCUCCACAUUCCACCCCCCUGAGCACACCACCCCCCAGGCCCAGACCCCCUCCCCAGCCCUCACCCCUGAGCACAGCCCUGCUCAGGUCCAUGGCCCUGAGCAUACUUCAGCCCAUACUCCAGCCCAGGCCCAAGCCCAGGCCCCCUCACCUGCCUCAGCCCAAUCCCUGGGCCACACUUCUGUCUGCAGCCUGACCCAUGCUCAUCUGACCUAUACCCAUGCCAACACCCUGGUCCCUCCCCCAACUGCUGCCCCUGCUACUACUCCUGCCCUCGCCCCUACACCAGCCCCUGUCCCGAUCUCUGCCACAACCUCUGUCCCAGCGCUGGUCAUGGCCCUGAUGACCACUCCAGUCCCUUCCACCACCCCUACCCCCAUCCUAGGUUCUAUUUCCUCUACCUUGUCUGCCUUCAGCCAAGGCCUCUCCUCCGGCCGUGUGGUCUAUGAUGCCCGCAGGGUAAAGCAGAACUUAUUCCAUGUGUGUCCCCCUCAGAACUCUGGAUAUUCCAGAAAGGACUUGGGUACCCUCUCCAGGCCCCAAGAGAGGCACGGUCUGCUGAGCUCUGGUACAGCAGAGCAAACACUGAAGCAAUGUAGUGGGGACAGUGCCAAGCCCUCCACAGGAUCCAUACUGGGUUACCCGGAGUUGGGGAAAAUGGAAGGGAAGACCUCAAAUGAUGCCAAAGACAAAUUUGUACAGUCCAAGACCUUCCCUUACUGCAGCUUCCUUCCUUGCAGGUCUCAGAAGAGAAACACGGACCCCCAGACUCCAGUCUACCCCACAUUCCUGUACUCCAAGGAUGCUGCACCUUCCCAACCUUACUUCCAUUCUCAAAACAGUGCCCAGAGCUCACCAUGCACCAUGCCUCCACCAUGCACUCUUUAUCUACCUCUUGUUUCUCCCAGAUCCUGGGUCCUUCAUCAACACAGCAACCACCAGAAGCCCUCCACCUUAAUGCAACCCCCCAUCUUGCCCCCAACCUCCAAGUCUUCUCAGUCUGUCCUCUCUUCCCAGGGCCCCAUCCCUCCCCAGUUAUCCACUACUUCCCAAACCCCAAGCCAGGCCCAACCCCCUGAACUUCAUGAGAGUCUAGACCUCAACCAAGGCUCUGUCCUCCCAAGGACCCCAGGCCUUUCCAAAGUCUGCAGAGUUUCCAGAAACCCAGGCCUUACCACAAACCCAGGCACCCACAAGAGUCCAGGCCUUAUCCAAGACCCAGGCCUCCCCAAGAACACAGGCCUUGCUCAAGAUCCAGGCCUCCACAAGCUUCCUGGCCCCCAUAAGGGUCCAGCCCUUACUCAAUACUCUGGCUUAUCCCAGAGAUCAGGCCUCCAUAACAACUCAUGCCUUAUCCCAAAUCCUGGCCUCCACAAGGAUGCAGGGCAGCACAUACCAUGGACUUCUAUCCCACCCAGUCAGAACUGCCGCUCUCCCAAGGCUCAGGUGGCCUACAAUGACCUGCUAACCUUCUCAGAGGUACCUGUGCUGAUUGUGCUGCAAUCACCCUCCCAGCAAGCAGGCAGCCAAGGCUGGGUGUACCACCCCCAGGAUACAGUUCCUCCAGCCUGCCAGAAUCAUCGCCAGAUGUCUACGCCUCCCAAAACCAGCUGGAAGCCCUACCACCCGUCAGGCACCCGGCUCGGGCAUGUGGUCUUUGACGCCCGCCAGAGACAGUUCAGAGCAGGCAGGGACAAGUGAGAAGCUCUGUCUCCCAGGCGCCUUCACCGAGAGACCUCCAACAACUCACCGGAGCCAUCAAGGAGUGGGGAUAUCAGUGUGCUCAGAGCAACUUAGAAAAAGAGGGGACAGAUAUGCAUGAGGAAUAAAGAGACAAGAGAAGUGUUCUGUGGUUGCUUGAGGACAUCCACCCCAGCCCCAUCCCACAGGGCCUGAUGAGGACCUAAAAUAUCCCUGCUUUCCCUCCAUCACUGUCUAGCUGAA